AAGGAGGAGCAGAGGCGCGUGAAGGAGCAGGAGGAAAGGGACCGGCGUGCGAGGAUUGAGCGGGAUAUGCGCAUGGGCACAGGCUAGGCGUCGCAAGAAAGAAGCUGAGGAGAGAGCCGAGGAGAAGAAGCGCGAGUUGGCGGAGAGGCGUAUGAGGGAGAGGGAGGAGCGUUCGGAGGAGCAUCGCCGUUUGGAACAGUGGCUUGCUGAGCAAGCAAGGAUCAAGGAGGAAGAGCUUAGGAGAGAGGAUGCUGAGAGGGCCAGGGAGCGGGCCGAACGCAAUAAGAGGGUAGAACAGAUGGCGGCCUGGGUCAAGCGGGAUAAGACAGAAAGCAUGCUCACCGGCUGGGCUACCAUUCAGAUCAACGACUCCCUUGACAUGAACCAAGUCCUUGAUCAAAUCCAACUCCGCGGAAAACUCAACGGACUCAAAGAGUGGAACGACGGCUACGAAGAACUCAAAGCUAUACCCAACUCUUUUGCUAUUGAAUUCAAGGACCAACGUGGGCCGUGUGCGAUGUUUUGUGAUACCGAGGAAGAAAAGGUGUGUCUUGUCGUUCGCCUGCCUCCUGCUCCCUCGCUGACCGCCUGAUAAAUUGUUAGGUGUUUUGCAUUAUACCGCUGGACUGUGAUUGGAACAUGCCCUCUUCGCGUCCUUUUACUAUCUUUAUACCACAUGCCUAUGCACUGUAUAUCAUCAUCCCUCUUUGGUAUCUUACUUUGAUCUCCACAACAUACACGUACUUCUUGUACUAGUAACGCUCAAACUGUCUCGCCGUGAAGUUCUUUACGCGACCCUCGAGGAUGUGAGGAAUGUGAGGGCGGGAUAAAAUUAGAUACGCUUGACUUGAAUGCUUUUGUAAUCCGAGUCGUAUGUUCUCAAGAUACGAGAGGUGGUUUGCCUAACAAAUCCAAGCAAGCGCACAGGAGCAACAGUUUGAGAGCUACGAAGUAGAUCAUAGUAUCAUCAUGUAUUUUCUAAAACGAGGACCACUCAGAAUAAGAACUUGAAGAAAACAUGGCGUCCGAAUUCCCAGA